AUGGCUCAUUUAAAAAAGUUUUCACUUGCAAAAAAAUUAAGUUAAAUACGUCAAAAUACUUAAUAAGUUUUUACUCCUUUAUUAUUUGCAACAGGGAAUGAUGAUUGUCUCUUUUAUUCAUCUGAUUUAGUAAUGAACUUUUCAUCAAAGAAAAUAAGAGAAAUGAAAAAUCUGCUAUUUACUAUUUAAACUUUAGAAAUACCUUAUUUAUGUGCUAAUUAAGUAGGAUUAGAAGAUAGAUAUUUUGGAAUUUAGUUUUAAAAAUAAAAUUUCAAAUGGUCAUUAAUUGAAGAAAAAAACUUAGAAUAAUAAAUAUGUGUCAAUCCUUUAAUUAUUAGUGUUUCUGAAACAACUACUGUUGAUUGGGAAACUAACAUAUGUUUUCCAUUUAUUCGUAGUUAAAUAGAGAGAUAUGAUCGAAUUCGUUUACAAUUUUAAACUCUAAAUGAUGAAUAAGAAUAGGAAUUUGAAGGUUUUAAUGCAAGAGUUGUAUAAUAGGCGAUUGGUAAUUAAAAAUAUAGUUAUUUUAGAUAGUUUAAACGGUUAUUAGAUACUUGAUCCUAGAAUUCAUUGUGGAAGAUGGGAAAUUAAUCCAAAAUGGAAAAAUGUCUUACCUAAAACAGAACUUACAAUUGACACUUAUAGAAUAGAAAUUUAAAAGUUAGUAAAGAGUAAUCCAGAAUGUUUUAGAAAAAGAUCUGUUAAAGAAUUGAAUAAAAGAGUUAAAGAAGAAGAUGAUGAGUUUUCUUUUGAAGCUAUGAUGAUGAAACGAUUAGAAAAGUAUAUAAAAAGAGAGAUGCUUGAACCUGCUGCAGCAGAUAUGGAGGGAUAAUAUAAAUAACAUAUUUUAGAUUAGAUAAAGAAUAUCAAGUGA